GUCCAUCAAUAUUAAGGUUAAUUUCCGACAAUCUAUAUACAUAUUUUAUUUUUCUUUUUGUUAAUAUUCGUAUAUUUUUUAUAACCCUCGAAUGGCAUCGAACAAGAGGAACGUCAACAACGAAUCGUCACGAACAGAAAGAAAUUACGCCCACAAAAAGCUGAGGAAACUGCCUCACGUUUUCAGCAAAGUCUUGGAAUUGCCCUUCGGCUCCGAUGCUGACGUGGCGGUGGAGGAGGGGCCCGAGUUCUUCCGGUUCUCCGCGGAGAUCGAGGUGGAUGCUGAUGAUGAUGAUGAUGUGGCCGCCGUGGGCGACGACAUGAGGGCCCACGCGGUGGAGAUUCACCCUGGUGUGGUCAAGAUCGUCGUCAGGAAUAACAGUCAGAACAAGAUCAAGGGCGGUGGUGGUGGUGGUGAUGAAAGCAAAAUGGAAUUACUCCUCGACAAAUUGGAGGUCGACACGUGGCGGUUCAGAUUGCCCUCUUCUUCCCGCCCCGAGCUUGCUACGGCUGUGUUUGUGGACGGAGAGCUGAGCGUCACGGUGCCCAAGGGUGGGCCCCGCAGGGGGGUUGUCGAGGGGGCUGAAAUUUGGGGGUGUGGGAUCAGCAAACUUGUUCUUGCACAGUAGGGUUACAUCUUUUAUUGUUUUGUAUGUAUGAAUGUAAACCUAAACUUUCAAAUGCAAUAAAAU